AACUCACCAAUAGCUUGAAAAAGUCAUUUUUAUUUACAAUUUAAAUGAAGUUAAAUCAGCAAAAUGUAGACAAUUUAUCAGUAAUCUUUUCUGCUAUAUUUACAUGACCACAAAAUCUUUUUUAAUUUUUUCAGUGAGUUAUAACAAAUGCAUGAUAAAGUAAUGGUAAUGUGUUUAUCAAGAGUGUGGAAAAACCCUUUAAUAGUUUUAGUGCAAUAUAGUCUCUAUGCUUAGAUAUCCUUAAUAGUCCAGAAUGUCUAUGUGAAUAAGUCAAAUGCCCACAGCUAAUCAACAGCAGUGAUUGGCUGCACAGAUUAGGGACUCUGAUGUCAGCUGCAUUUGAAUGAUAUAUGAGGUGAGUGAGAGUGAAUAGAUUUGGUCAGAAUAGAUUUUACACUCAUCAGCUGCACCAGAGCAUUAGAAGUCUCAGGACACAGCUGGAUUUAUUCAGAAAAGCUCAACAUUUGGUCCUUCAUAGGGUGAUUCAGCAGGCCUUGAACAGGCAGCCCAGCACAGCAGCAGCUCAGUACCUGCAGCAGAUGUAUGCAGCUCAACAACAACACCUCAUGCUCCAGACCGCAGCACUACAGCAACAGCACCUCAGUUUGGCCGCAGUACAGCAGGCUAGUAUAGUGGCAGGAAGACAAAGCUGCAGUCAGAAUGGCACUACAUCCCAGCAGACUGUGGCCUCCCAAACCACUAUAAACCUGGCCACAUCCCCAGCGGCAGCUCAUUUGAUCAGUCGAGCCCAGAUUGGGAGCUCUGCUCCUGUUUGCAUUGCCCAACAGGCCAUUCUGCUUGGAAACUCCUCCACACCCACUCUCACUGCCAGCCAAGCACAGAUGUACUUACAAGCUCAGAUGGCGCAACAAAGUAAUCUUGUGCAAGUAGCUAGGAGCCUGGGACGAGCUGUUCCUUUGUUCCCCCAGCUCAUUUUUACCCCAACUGCCACAGUCACAACAGUCCAACCAGUGAACUCUGCACUGUCAACCAACACAACGCCAGCCAGUGGACAGGUGCAGAACUUGGCCCUCUGCAGCCAGCAGGGGCAGUUAACUUCCUCCCUCUCCCAGACUCCGUUACAGAGUCUGAGUGUGAAACAGUCAACAGGGGCAUCUGCGCAGCUCUCUGUGAACAGUCAGCCAGUGGCCCGACUGAAGUGUCCUGGAGCAGAGCCAAAUCCAAAGGGAGCUCCUGCAAAGGGCAAUCCUGCAGAGAUAUCCUCUGAGACAGUGAGAAACAAUGACAAAACCACUGAACUCAAAACACAGGAGCUUAACAUGUGUCCCAAUGUGACGGACCAUCCUCUCAUCAGCAAAGCAUAUACUCAAAUCCAGACCCAUCAGCUUCUCCAGCAACACAAGCAGCAGUUUAUAAUACAGCAGCAGCCCCAAAUAAUGCCAAGAGGUCAAGCCCAGCUUUUAGAGGGUGAAACCAUUCAACCUAGUCUCCAAUCCCACGCCCACACUGUGCAAGCUGUAUCCAUCCAGCCAGGCCUGGCAGCUCAGCCUCAUCAGUGCCAUAUUCCUGUGUUGCCCAAAGUGCCUGUUACCUGCCAACAAGCCACCAUCUUCCAUUCCACCAUGGUUAGUCAGCAGGCACUCACCCAGAAUGGACAGUCACCCAUUUUGAGCCACAACAAAGCAGCACCUCUACAACUUACAGCAGUUAACCUCCAGAUCCAACCAGCUCCAACGCAAAUGGGAGUAGCCAAAGAGGAUGGGUCCGAUAUGGACGGUGCCAUUCCUCCUCCAGUCAGAGAGCUCUGCCCUGUAAAGAGCCAACAGCAGCUGCUACCCCUACAGACACUAGUGCCAAUAUGCCAACAGUCUGAUCAAAGCCGAGUGACAGAAAACAGAGAAGCAGGCAGAGUGAAUGUGAAGGCAGGUGUGAGCUCACCUCCAGACAUGACCUCGGGCAGCGGGAACAAUGCGCCCACUGUGACCGGCAGCGCUCCGCAAAAUGGCGAGAGCAAACCACCACCACAGGCCAUAGUAAAGCCCCAGAUCCUCACGCAUGUCAUCGAGGGAUUUGUGAUUCAGGAGGGAGCGGAGCCUUUCCCCUUUGAACGUUCAUCUUUGCUGAUAGAGAAUUUAAAGCAGAAGCAGCCUCAGUCUCAAACCUCUCACAAUGCAGAUUCUGAGAUGGAAGACCUUUCACAACGAGAGCUGAAGAACCUGGAUGAGGAGCCAACGCUGUCAUGUGAAUUUUGUGGAAAUAUAGACUUUGCUUAUAACUUCAGGAGAUCCAAGCGGUUUUGUUCUACAGUGUGUGCAAAGAGGUAUAAUGUGGGAUGCACAAAGCGAAUGGGACUUUUCCCAAGAAAAUCAACCUUGGAGAAACUAAAGAAACAGAGAGCCACAGAUAUCAAGAAACAGAAUCCAAGUUCUCAAACAGCCAUGGGAGCAUCUAUUUUGUCCCCACACCCUUCACAUCCUAGUUAUGGCGAGUCAAGCCAGUGCUCAGACAUGUCCAGCUAUGAAGAGCCUCUUUCGCCACAGUCUGCAGCAAGCUCUGGUGCCCAGAGGCUUCCAAAUGAAAACCGAUCUGAUCACAGUAGAGAGCUCCCUCUACUUACGCAGCACUUCUUGGCCAGUGAUCCAGCCAAGUGGAAUGUUGAGGAUGUUUAUGAGUUCAUCAGCUCUCUUCCAGGCUGCCAGGAGAUUGCAGAAGAGUUCCGCUCUCAGGAGAUCGAUGGGCAGGCAUUGCUGCUGCUGAAAGAGGACCAUCUCAUGAGCACCAUGAACAUCAAACUGGGGCCUGCACUGAAAAUCUUUGCCCGCAUCAAUAUGCUCAAGGACUCGUAGCGUUUCCCACUGCUCCAUCAACCUCACAACUGGAAAGGGCACCCUAAACUUCACUGCACUGGUUUUCCUCAUCUCAUUAAGGCUGUGGGUCCUGAGUAUUGCUGCUCCUCAAAACCAUAGAAAUUUGUGUAUACCUUUGGUCACAAUUGGAAUUUUGUUUUAUCCUUAAAGGAUAAUGUUGUGAUUAAUUCUGGAACUCUGGUUUACUCUACUGUGCCAGGCCCAGAGGGUAACAAUCCAUUUUGCUGAUAUCCCACAAGAAGACAAGCACAAGUACUUUACCAUUUGUGCAAACAAAGGCUCUUGAUUUACAGACAGGGAAAUUGUAUGGUAGUGUGGAAAUGGGUUUAGUUUCUAUUCUGUUUUGAACUGUUCUAUCUUACAAGUGACAUAAAGACAUUGUGUUGUAGUUCUGGUUCUCAAUUUUUUUUUAUUGUAUAGCCAAGGAAAAUUUAAUUGAAUAAACCAUUAGCCUUGGAGUGUGCCAUCGUUCGUAGGUAGUAAACAUGUUCGAGUUUGUUCAUCUGACGUUUUCGGAGAAAUUCCUCAUUUCGCAUGCAAUUACAAUUCAGAUUUUGUCCUCAAAAUGACUAUCCAAGAUGUGCCUAAUAUUUCUCUAAAUAUCCCAAAGAUUAUACACAACUAUUCAAGCAUUUUUAUUCCCCAUUUGCCAGUUAUAGUUUUUCAUACCAGUAUUCAGAUUUAAAAACCACUGCUAAAAGCAUUCUACAUUUAAGAUCUAAGCCCAUCUCCGUAUGAUCCGUUAACUCGGAUGUUUGUUUUCUUCUAAAUCACUUCAGUGUGGAAAUGUAGUGCAGCUUGUGUCUCUGUAUUUUUACAUUCAUUUUUUAAAUCAAAUUUCUGUAUUUAUUGAGAGCAAGUCUCUGAUUGUGUUUUAUAUUUGAAAAUAAAUCCUGAGAA